AUGACACUGAAGGGAUUCGCCCUGAGCGGGCUCGCUGCUCUAGCUCUGAGUGGCGCGACAGCUUUGCACGUGCCGGAGCAACAGCAAGUACCGAUUGGUGUCGACUCCAAAGUCCAGGGACUCAAGCCCGGGAAGCCCCUCGUCGACUCCGACGCCCUUCAGGCCACCAUCAACAGCAAGAACCUGUUCGCGCGUGCGAAGAAGCUGUGGUGGCUCGCUCACAUGUCCAAGGAGGAGUACAAUCACCCCACGCGUGUCAUCGGCAGCAAAGGCCAUCUGGGGACCUUUCUCUACAUUUCCCAGACCCUCGGUACACUCGGCGAUUACUACAGAGUCUGGCACCAGCCUUUCACCGCCGUGACGGGAUAUGUAUCCGAGUCGCGCUUGGUUCUCGACCAAUCCGUGGCCCAGCAUGCCCAGCCCAUGAGCUUGACUCCCCCGACCAAGAACAAGGAGCCCGUCCACGGCAAUCUCACGCUCGUGUCCAACGAUGGCUGCGACGCAGGCGACUACCCUGCCCUCGUGUCGGGCAACAUUGCCUUUAUCAAACGUGGGACCUGCCCCUUCGGCACCAAGUCUGAGCUGGCCGGCAAGGCAGGCGCCGUUGCGGCCGUGGUAUACAACUAUGAAGACGGCCCCGUGGCUGGCACGCUCGGCGAACCCUCGCGGCACCACGUCGCCACCUUUGGCCUGCCCGGCGAGGAUGCCCGUCCCUUUGUCCAGCGGCUCCAAGCGGGCGAGACAAUCCCGUCCAUUGCGUACGUGGACUCCGUCGUCGAUCAGAUCGUCACCAGAAACAUCGUCGCCCAGACCACGCAAGGCGAUCCCGAAAACUGCGUCAUGCUCGGCGGGCACAGCGACUCAGUCGACGCGGGACCGGGUAUCAAUGACGACGGAUCCGGCAGUCUUACUCUUCUGGAGAUAGCCGUCAACCUGGCCAACUUCACUGUCAACAACUGUGUGCGUUUCGCCUGGUGGUCUGCCGAGGAGGAGGGCCUGCUGGGCUCAUACCACUACGUCAAGAGUCUGUCUGCCGAGGAGAACCGCAAGAUACGCCUGUUCAUGGACUACGACAUGCUAGCGAGUCCGAACUUUGCGUACCAGAUCUACGACGCCCGGAAUGACGAGCACCCCGUUGGGUCCCAGGAGCUGCGCGAUUUUUAUGUCGAUUGGUACACACGGCAGGGUCUGAACUACACCUUCAUCCCCUUUGACGGGCGGAGCGACUACGACGGGUUCAUCCGGGGCGGCAUUCCCGCUGGUGGAAUUGCCACUGGUGCUGAGGGCGUCAAGACGGUCGAGGAGGCGGCCAUGUUUGGCGGUGAAGACGGGGUGCCGUACGAUGUCUGCUACCACGAGCUCUGCGACAACCUGCAGAACUUGAAUCUCACUGCUUGGGAGGUGAACUCGAAGCUGGUGGCGCACUCAGUAGCCACCUUUGCCAGGUCGUUCGAAGGGUUCCCCAAGAGGGCGGUGGACGACAUCACCCUCGCGGCUAGCUCAGCCAAGCAUGACGCAUACGAGAAGAAAGCCAAGUACCGUGGAAGCAAGUUGUUCAUAUAG